UCUUCCUCUUCCGUAAACAUUCUGGGCAAAAAAAUAAAAAAAGAGAGAGAGAAAGAAAUAGAAGAAAGCAGGAGACUUUGGUUCAAUCCAAACCCGAAAAGCUACCAUUUUUAAGAUAUAUGGGUUUGUUUGGGCUGUGGUGGAAUGGAAGUGCGGUAGGGCUUCUUCUAUUGGUGCCAGGAAUUCUGGGUUGGGGCAAAGAAGGCCAUUAUGCAGUUUGCAAGAUAGCAGAGGGAUUUCUGAGUGAAGAUGCUUUAGCUGCAGUGAAAGAAUUGCUACCGGAAUCUGCUGGAGGUGAACUUGCUGCAGUUUGCUCCUGGCCUGAUGAGAUUCGCUUUCAUUAUCAUUGGAGUAGUGCUUUACACUAUGUUGACACACCCGAUUUUCUGUGUAACUACAAUUACAGCAGAGACUGCCAUGACUCUGCUGGACAUAAAGGGAGAUGUGUAACUGCAGCAAUAUACAACUAUACGAUGCAACUCUCGACUUAUCAGGAUUCCAUCUCAAAAUCAAAAUACAACUUAACAGAGGCACUUCUUUUCUUGUCUCACUUUAUUGGGGAUGUCCAUCAGCCCCUUCAUGUUGGUUUCACUGGAGAUCUAGGGGGGAACACAAUAAUAGUCCGUUGGUAUCGCAGGAAGACAAAUCUUCACCAUGUGUGGGAUAAUAUGAUCAUUGAAUCUGCUGUAAAGACAAUGUACAGUGAGGAUCUUGAACUCAUGAUAGAAGCCAUUCAGAGGAAUAUUACGGAUGCUUGGUUCAAUGAUAUGUCAUCAUUGCAGAUUUGUGCAAAUAAUCGGACAAUUGUAUGCCCAAAUGAGUAUGCUUCUGAAAGCAUUCGUUUAGCAUGCAAAUUUGCUUACAGGAAUGCCACUCCAGGAAGCACUCUGAAUGAUGAUUACUUUCUUUCUCGGCUACCUGUCGUGGAGAAGCGGCUAGCUCAAAGUGGGGUUCGCUUGGCUGCUACCCUCAACCAUAUCUUCUCUUCUGAACCAAAAAUUGCUGAAGCAUGAAGAUAAAGAAAGGAUAGGGAUGGUGAUGCAUCUCCAGAAGAACAUAAUUGGGCCCAGCAUUUAUUGCUUAUAAGCUAUUAAGAUUGAAGACCUUGAAGUUCCUCAUACGCGAGUCGUCUGCUUAAUAUAUUCCUCAUAUGUUGGUGAUGAUCCCUUUAUGCCAGAAUAUACCCCAUAAACCCACCUUGCUUCUGUUAAAGGUCAACUUUUGGGGUACACUUAUAAUAGUGGGAAUAUCAAACUUGUACUCAUUGACAACCUUUGGUGACUUGUAAAUUUACGUAACUAAGUCCUGCCAAAGGCCUAUAAAUAAUCUGUAUGGUGUCCUUGUGAGGAACAUAACAUUUGGUCAAUUAACCAGAGAAAUUUCUUCCA